AGGUGUAAGCCUGCUGUGUGAGAGCGUUUGAAAUCAAGGCUGCAAGAAGGAACCAUAUGGCACAAAAUACAAUAUAGGUCCCUGCUUGUGAUUUACCAUGGCCAAAGUGCUCUGCAGCCUCCUUCUCCUGGGAAGCGCAGUGAUGAUGACCACAGCCUGCCCUAAAUAUUGUGUUUGUCAGAACCUAUCAGAGUCCUUGGGCACACUGUGCCCAUCCAAAGGUCUGCUGUUCGUGCCCUCUGACAUUGACAGAAGAACCGUUGAGUUACGCCUGGGAGGAAACUACAUUAUCAAAAUUACCCAGCAGGACUUCACCAACAUGACGGGCCUUGUGGACCUCACACUGUCACGAAACACCAUCAGCUUCAUCCAGCCCUUCUCCUUUGUGGAUCUUGAAACCUUGCGUUCGCUGCACCUGGACAGUAACCGGUUGACAGAGCUGGGCCCAGAUGUCCUGCGAGGCUUAGUGAACUUGCAACACCUCAUCCUAAACAACAACCAACUGACUCGUAUCUCCAAAGAAGCUUUCGAUGACCUGCUGCUCACCUUAGAGGACCUAGACCUCUCCUACAACAACCUGCGAGGCAUACCCUGGGAGGCCAUUCGGAAAAUGCUCAACCUACACCAGCUGAGUCUGGACCACAACCUCAUCAGCCACAUCGCUGAAGGCACUUUUAUUGAUCUUGAAAAGCUGGCCAGGCUGGAUCUUACAUCAAACCGUCUCCAGAAGCUUCCGCCAGAUCCCAUCUUUGCUCGGUCACAGAUCAGCAGCGUUCUUAGUACACCGUUUGCCCCGGUCUUGUCUCUCAGCUUUGGCGGGAAUCCUCUUCACUGUAACUGUGAGAUUCUUUGGUUGCGCCGUUUAGAACGGGAGGACGAUAUGGAAACAUGCGCCUCCCCUCCUAGUCUGAAAGGUCGCUACUUCUGGUAUGUGCGAGAGGAAGAGUUUGUGUGUGAACCACCGUUAAUUACCCAACAUACCCAUAAGCUUUUGGUCCUGGAGGGACAGACGGCCAGUUUACGCUGCAAGGCAGUGGGAGACCCUAUGCCUCUCAUACACUGGGUUGCUCCAGAUGACCGACUAAUUAGUAACUCAUCCAGGGCUACAGUGUAUGAAAAUGGUACUUUAGACAUUAUGGUCACCACCUCUAAGGAUUAUGGGACAUUUACUUGCAUUGCUGCAAACGCAGCAGGAGAAUCAACAGCCUCAAUUGAGCUCUCCAUCAUCCAACUCCCCCACCUAAGCAAUGGAACUAACCGCACAUCUCAGCCAAAGUCCAGGCUGUCUGACAUCACCAGCUCCACUAAAACCAGUAAAGGGGAGACCAAAGCCCAACCAGAACAGGUAGUGUCAGUGUCAGAGGUCACUGCAGUCUCUGCUCUGAUCAAGUGGACAGUAAGCAAAGUGGCACCCAAAGUCAAAAUGUACCAGCUCCAAUACAACUGUUCAGAGGAUGAUGUCCUGAUUUAUAGGAUGAUUCCGGUGAUCAGCAAAUCCUUCUUGGUCAACAACCUGAUGCCAGGGAUGCAGUAUGACCUAUGCGUGUUGGCCAUCUGGGAAGACACCGCUACCACACUCACUGCGACGAACAUAGUGGGUUGUGUGCAGUUUGAGACACGUGACGAGUAUCCCCGCUGCCAGUCACUGCACAGUCAGUUUUUAGGAGGAACCAUGAUCUUGGUGAUUGGUGGAGUGAUCGUAGCCACUUUGUUGGUCUUUAUCGUCAUCCUUAUGGUACGCUAUAAAGUAAACAGUGGCUUGCAGGUUGCAAAGUUGGUGACGGUGAGCAAUACCUACUCCCAGACCAAUGGGAGACCACAGGCUACACAGCGACUAAACAACGGUGGCGCUCCUACACCGCAGGCUCCAAAGACUGUAGUGGUGAUGCGAGAUGAAGUGGUGGAGUUUAAGUGUGGCUCCUUGCAGAGUAGCAUCUCGUCCUCUUCAUCCUCCUCGGCUGACUCCCUUGGAAGUGAGAAAGUCGAGUCUUACAAUCGACAUGUGGAUUCUAACACCUUGCCCAACAGGUGGAAGCAAUCGUCAACUAAGGCACGACCAAACCUGGAUAACCUGCUUGGGGCAUUUGCUUCUCUGGACCUGAGGGUUCCCGCAAGAGAUCCGGUAGGACCAUUUUCUUCAGGGACCAUGGCGAUGGGCAUGAGACCGCCCACUGACAAGGAACCUCUGCUAGGCCAGGGAGAUUCCAAGCUUGGGAAGCUUGUAAUGCUGCCAUCAGAGAACAAGCCCAAGCGCAGCCACUCGUUCGACAUGGGCGACUUUGGUGCUUCACAGUGCCUUAGUUACCCACGACGCAUCAGCAACAUUUGGACUAAGAGGAGUCUCUCGGUCAACGGUAUGCUCCUGCAGUGCGACGAGAGUGAGGGGGAAGGGGAUAAGGCACCGUUUGAUAGCUCUGAGUGGGUUAUGGAAAGUACAGUCUGACAGGGAUAUCGGAUUAGCUCCGCCAAAAAAGAACAAAAAACAACCCAUUCUCCGAACUCGUCUGGUGAAAAGGAUAUGAACUUGCUGCAUCAUAUGACCUCAAGAAGGACUCAAAUGGUUGUAAUAAAAAGACACCUCAGCAGUGACCAUGACUGUGUAAUGCAUGAUUUUUCCAUGUCAAUAUUGUCCUUCUUAUCAUUUGAUCACAAAGAAGUUCAAAGUUUUGUGUCCGAGCUAGGCAAGGAGCCGAGGCCAGGGCUGGUCCUGUUUAUUAAGAGUUGGACGAAGGAUAUCUCCAGUUGCCUUCAAAUAUUAAAGCAGAUAUGAAUAAAUACCCAAGAACAAGGGAUAUGGGGGUAUCUCAGAAAAGCAGGGGGAAUAAAAGAGAGAAUUUAUCCGACUGUGCACUGCAGUUUGCCAAGAGGAUUUUCUUCAGCUAAGUGGAUGUGCAUCACAUUGGACCAAACGUUCCCAUGAGACAGGACUACAUAAUUUAGCAGGUGAAAUGAAAAAAAAAAAAAGAAAUGCAAAUGUAAUGAAUUUUUGUAGGUUAUUUUUCUUUUCUUUUGUUGUCGUUUUUACUUUUUUAAGUUAAUUCUAGUGUUGUCGCCCUGCAUUUUUCCUGAACAACUGAAGAAUACAGUACAGCCUGUCAUACAUAUUUUACACUGAGGAGAAAUACAAAUCUAAAGUACAGGAAGAUUUCGUUGUCAUAAUCAAAUCUGCAAACUUAAUCUGCUAAUUGUCUAUGAUGUUUCUUGACAUUAUGUGCCUCUUUUUCAGUUUAUCAGUGCAUCUGUCACAUUUGUUUUUAGUUUCAGAGUUUGAAAGCUGAUUGUCGUCUGAUCAGAUCACUGCAAAUUUCCUUUAGUACUGAUACAGCACAGUAAAAGUCAGUCUGUCCGAGGUACAUAUUAUUUAUACAAAGCGAUAUUUACUACAUAUUACAUACCCAACCAAUACGUUGCAUACCCAACCAAGAAGAGACUCUGUUCGAUGUCCCCUUUGUCUACCCUUUUUAAAAAGUAAAAAAAAAAAAGUUUAAAAAUGGUAUAUACCAACAUGAUUUAGACAUGGUACCUCUGUAAUGCCACACCAUUCUUUAAAGUACCAUGCUAUAUGACUAUGUGAAUAAUUGAUUUAAUUACAUUUUGCAAGCAUAUUCCAAGGGUAUGAUUAUACCCUUGGAAUAUGCUUUCAAAAUAAUGUUUGAUUAUGAUUUCCUGGUUUUCCAUGAUGGUAAUUGCCCCCUCAAUGAUCAUUUUCUAAUAGGGGUGGAA